UCGAAGAGAAAGAACUUGGAGCUUUCCCUCAACGGGUAAACAAAGUCUAUCUUUUCAUGCUCUCUGUAUUAAGUUCACACUGGAAGUAUGGCACUCUAUAAGGACGAAAGCCAGGACGACGGACCAGAAUGCCCGGUAUGUUACGAGUAUCUUUCUGGGACCGAACGAACUUUAAGCUGCGGACAUGUUUUCUGCCACGAUUGUCUCGUCAAAACGCUGGUGACCAUCAACAGCGAUGGAAAUAUCAGAAACACGAUCGUUUGCUCGAUCUGCCGACAUCUUACAUUCAUCGAAAAACAAAAUGAAGCGCUGAACUCACUCGAAGCCGAUAAUGAUCCGAAAGAGCGGCAGACCCUGAAGGUGCCUCUCCCUUUGCCGGUGGGACAGCAGCAGAGCGCACGGCGCGCCUCAGGAGACAGUUUACGGAGUGAAGUUUACUGUAUCACUCGCUGCUUUAGAGGCUUUUCUCAGCGAGCUCGCCGACAGAAGCGGAUCAGCCCCUGCCAAAAGGGAUCCCAGAUAUUCAUCAUAAGCGCCCAAGGGCGACCCAUGACUGAAGGAGAUGCGCCCGGUGUUGUAAUACAUGCGGCUCGCCCCCAGCGCAGGCGUAGGAUUUGCACGACAACGGGAUGGUUGUUCUGCCUGCUGUCUUUGUUUGUUUUACUCGCAGUGACAGCUUCGGUUUUUCCCUGGAUUGUACUGAUGUAGCCCAGCGAUCCGCAUGCCUCGGUCAAAGAAUUGAGUAAUUUACUGACAUUUAAAGAAAGACACGCGAUUGGCUGUAUUCAGUGUCCAGAAUUACUGAAAAUGGAGUGAUGUGCUUUAGUUGGAGUGAGGAUUUUUAAGAUGUUAUCAGUUUCCUUCCUUGAUUCUUUGGAAAAGUUUAUACACGUGACUUGUCCUUUACUGAGAAUCGCCAAGCAAGUGUUUAUCUUAGGAAGCCUCAAACAGUAAAACCUUUUGUUCUGCAAUCUUGUCUGACGUGUUCAACCUGCUGGAGAACCACAUAUCAUAGCCCAUAGAUAGUAAAUCCAAUAAAAGUGGACACAGUAACGUAAUUAAACUAUUAAAAAGGUGAAGAAAACAAUCACUUUGCUGUUAGAGCUGCUAACUUUAGUUGUGUUACCCUGUUUGUUGUUCAACACCCUGUUUCCAAGCAGGAGCAAAUACCUUUGUGCGCAAAGCCAAGCUGCACAUUCAACCCCGAUCUCAGGAUUGUUUAGUUUGUCUGCAUUUGCCCAAAAAAGAAAGUCGAAAUGGUACAUUUAAUAUGAACUUGACCUUGGUU